AAAGUGAAAGUAAAUUGAUGCAUAAAAUGACUGUGGUGCAGGCUUGAUUUCAGUCGCUUUGAGUGAGAUACAAGUCAACUGUGUUUCAGAAAUAAGAUAAUAUAUAUAUAUAUAGAAGAAAAAAACGAAAUGGGACAGGCAUUGUCAAAACAAGGGGAAAUACUGCAGCAGCAGUGGGAGCAACUACGUACAAAUCCAGAACUGGAUAAACCAUGGAGGGAAUUUUCCUGGGGACAAAAUGAAGCCUUAAAAGAAAAGCUGAAAAACUUUUCUUUGAGUAAUCCAGAUGUAAAGAACAUCAAGAUCCUGAUAGCUGGACAGAUUGGAGCCGGAAAGUCCAGCUUCAUUAACUCUGUCGAUAGCGCCUUUCAAGGACGGAUCACCUGUAGAGCGCUAGUUAAUUCAUCAGCUGGUGACAGUCAGAGUUUUACACAAAGACUCAAAGGAUUCACCAUCAGAAGUGGGGGGAAAAAAUUGCCCUUCAUCUUUAAGGACAUCAUGGGCUUGGAACCUGAAGCAUUGGCUGGGUCACAAACAGAAGACAUCAUCAAUGCUGUGUUUGGACAUAUCAAGGAUGGCUAUAAACUCAACCGGGAGCAGGCACUCAAUUAUAAUGAUCAACAUUACACCUGUGACCCUGAACUCUCCGACCAGUCUUUCUGCCUGGUUUAUGUCAUAGACGCAAAUACAGUCCAAUUCACAGAUGAUCGACUUAUUGGCAAGUUAAAGAUCAUCCGCCAGAGAAUCAGUGAUAAGGGGAUUCCUCAAGUGAUUGUCAUGACUAAAGUGGAUGAAGCAUGUCCACUAGUCAAAAAUGAUCUCAGGAAGAUCUACAAAAGCAAGAAGAUCAAAGAGAAGAUGGAGUUGUGCAGUGCUAAAGUGGGUGUGCCGAUGAGCCACAUCUUCCCAGUGAUGAGCUACCAUGAUGAGAUCAACACAAAUGAUGAUGCUGAUGUUCUGAUACUAAAGGCCUUUGAACAGAUUGUUCUGAUUGCCAAUGAUAGAUUGGAGGAUUGUGAAUGCUACUGACAAAAAUCACACACAUCAUUUAUAUAUAUAUAUAUAUAUAUAUAUAUAUAUACAGUAAUUACUGCAUUUAGAGCAGGUCUUUCCUUGAAUGUCAUUCAGAAAUCCAAAAUCUAUUUAAAGUUCAUGUUUUAUAUAUAUGUAAAUAUAAAAUAGCGUUAUCAUAAUAUAUCUGCUGUAAAUUAGAGUAUGCCAGUAGUGUUUCUCCACAGGUCGUUUGCUGUAUUUUAUAAGUGUUCAUACACAUCUUAUUGCACUCAGUAUUAUUGAUUUAUAUAAUGCUUUUCAAAAUACAUCUGCCAAAGCAGCUUUACAGUGAAUAGUGUAUUACAGACCCUCACUGAGCAAGACAGUCAACCUUGGAAAUGAGAAACUCCUUAAGAUGUCUAUGAAAAAAUCAUGGUAUGAUGAUAUGUAAAUAGUAGGGAAACAGGUGGCGUAUCACUGAAUCCAAGCAUAUUUCACAUUUGGAUCAUCCAAAAACAGCCCUCUUCAUCCACUUUUCAGCACUUCUAACCAGUGGUGGACAAAACACACAAAUCAAGUACUUAAGUAAAAAACUACUGAUAAAUUUAUUUUUACAUUUUAUAUAGGCUACUUAAUUUAAUUUUGUAUUAGCACAUAUGUUUUUAUAAUCUUACUGCUCAAAAUGCCUGGGAUUUCCCCAAAAUAACCACUAUAUGGAGUCAAGAUAUAUUUUUGUUGUUGAUAUGGACUGCGUUAACGAGAGUGAUGUAGAGUUCACUGUGAAGCUUACAGUACACUGCGAUUUACCUGAGAGAAAACAGAUUUGACCAUCUAAUUUUCACCAGUAAGAAAAAAGUGUUUUAAAGCUUGUUUUGCAGAACAUCAGAGUUGUAUAUGACAUGAGAAUAAUUUUGUUACAAAUUGCUUAUUUUUCUCUGAUGGAAGAUACAUAGGAAAAAUGUGCUUGCUAAAUUUAUAAAUGUAAAAUGCAAUUUAUUGAUGGCACUGACUGAAAGGUCCUUAACUUAAUCUGCUAGUAACCACAUUGUUAUCUACACUGUGCAGCUGAUUGGUGUCUGUCACAUCAGCAGCCAGUGAGCUUGCUGCUGAACAUUCAGAUACUUGGGUCAUUGUUUGCUGUGGCUGUGAAUAUUUUAUUUUCCCCUUAUUUCUUAAUUUCAGGUGACAGCAAUACCCCAAUAGUGCCUAUUUAGCCUCACUUCUGUUGUAAUAUUGCCAAAAGGUGGCGCUAUGACUGUAAGUGACAACUGGCCAUGCAGGGGCAGAUCUAGAAAAUAAUUUUUAGGGUGGCGAAGGGGUGGCAUGGGGCCUAUGAGGGGUGGCAACACCACAGCAAGCCCCCAUGCAUAGUUUUGGGGGAUUUAUAGUCUAACAUACGCAGUUGUGUUCACAAAUAUUGCAUUACCAUUAAGUAAUUAUUUAUACUGUUUAAAAUGAAAAAUAAAUUACUUUUCAAUAUCCAUCAUCAAUACACAACAUAAAAAGCUUCAACAGGUUCUAAAUGUUUAUUAGUCAUUAACUGAUUAGUCAUUUACAUUAUAUUAUAGUUGUUUUUAAUAUAUUUUUUCCAUUGCUGUUUAGUUUUAUGACUGUGUAGCUUCAAGGGCUGUUUGUCUUCAUGAAUAAGAGAUACAAGGGAAUGUUUAUAGAAAAUCAAGGUUUAUGGGAUGUUGUUGUGAAUCAGUUUGGUAUAACAAUACUUGUUGGAUUUGUGUUCUUCAGACGAAGUCUAAGCAUUGAGACAUAUGCAACUAAGACUAUUCAAUAAACUCUGCUCCUUUUUAUCAUCAUUA